AUGUCCCUCCGAAUCGUCCCCGCCGCCAACGGCCCAUCGACCUUCUCCCACACAGACCACACCUCCUCCGCGCCCUCCGCCCCGGGCAUCCACGACACCCUCCGCCACGGCGUCGGCCUCUCCCCCUUCGACGCCGCCGCCAACAAGCCCGUCUCCACGCACCCGCUCGAGGCCCGCCUCAAGUCCUGGGAGGCCACCCAGGAGGCCGUCCGCAUGGAGUCCCUCCGCCGCACCUUUGGCAUCGCCGAGCCCGUCCGCCGCGGCAUGGAGCUCAAGAUUGUCCGCGACGGCGAGUGGCGGCCCAUGGCCCUCGGCGGCGGGCUGCCCAGCGUCCACGAGGACAUCCUCAAGGGCCGCGAGGACACCAUCACCUGGGACGACGUCUUUACCGGCAGCGAGACGAGGGCUGUGGCUGGCUUCCACGAGGAGAUGGAGAAGAAGCUUAAGAUUCACUGA